ACAUAUUUUUUCUUCUUUUUACUCAAAACUGAUUUAAAAAGCAGUUGUGUGGGGUGUGUGGGUGAUGCAGUUGGUUAGGCAUGUGACUCUUGGUUAUGCUCAGGUCACAAUCACAGGGUCACGAGAUGGAGCCUUGUGUUGGGCUUGUGCUUAGUAUGGAGUCUGCUUCAGAUUCUCUCUCUCCCCAUGCCUGCUUGUGCUAGCUCUUGCUCUCUUUCUCUCUCCUAAAAUAAAUAAAUAAAUCUUUUUAAAAAAGCAGUUGUAUAAAAUAAUAUGUGUAUAAUGUGUUCUUGGGCCUAUAAGGUUUAGAAAUGUAGUAUAUUUGUAAUGUAUCUGUCAAUAGCAGCACGUAGAAGGUGAGUGGAGGCAAAACUAUGUCAAGCUAAGGAAAUGACUAUAUGUGAUAAAGUCAUAAUUAUAACAUCGUGUAUUGUUGGAUUUGUAACAUUAAAUGUAAUAUGUAUCACAACAAUGCCAUCAAAUGGAGAAAAAGGCAAUCGAACUAUAUAGCAUAACAUUUCUAUAUCUUACUGGAAUUAAGCUGGUAUAAGUCUGAAGCUGCUAUAAGUUUGAAGUUGAAAUGUAUUGAGCAGCCCAUACGGAGAAAAACUAAAAAAAAAAAAAUUACAGUGAAAGGUCAUUAAAGAAAUUUAAGUCCUUCACUAGAAAAUACCCACUUAAUGCAAAAGAAAGCAGUCAAAGAGUAAUAAAGGAAACAAAAAAGACAUGAGACACGUAGAAAAUGAAAAAGCAGUCAUAAAUCAACAACGUAAGCAAUAUUAUUAAACAUGAAUUGAUUAAACUAUAUAAUAAAAAAAGGGCAGGUGUGCCUGGGUGGCUCAGUCGUUAAGCAUCUGCCUUCGGCUCAGGUCAUGAUCCCGGAGUCCUGGGAUAGAGCCCCGCAUUGGGCUCCCUGCUCGGCGAGGAGCCUGCUUCUCCCUCUCCCACUCCCCCUGCUUGUUUUCCCUCUCUCGAUGUGUCUCUCUCUGUCAAAUAAAUAAAAUCUUUAAAAAAAAAAAAAAGGUGGAGAUUGUCAGAGUAUCCAAUUAUAUGCUCUCUACAAGAGAUGUACUUUAAAGAUACAAAUACAUUGAAAGUAUAAGGAUGGAAGAUCUAUUAUGCAAACAACAACCACAAGAAACUUGAGUGGCUAUACUAAUAUCAGAAAAAAUAGACUUAAAACAAAAAAUGUUACUAGAGAGAAAGAGGGAUGAAAGAGCCAAUCCAUUAGAAAGAUAAAGGUUAUAAAUAUAUAUGUACCUAAUAACAGCACCAAAAUACAAGAAGCAAAACCUGACAGAAAUGAAGAGAAAAGUAGACAAUAUAGCGAUAAUGGUUGGGAGACUACGAUAUCCCACUUUUAGUAAUGGACAAAACAACUAGGCAUAAGAUCAACAAAGAAACCACAGUAUAAACCAACUAGAGCUAGGAGACAUCUGUAGAAUACCACCAGCACCCAGCAACAAUAGAAUAUAUAUUCUUCUCAAGUGAAUGUGGGACAUUUUCAAGGAUAAACCAAAUGCUAGGCCACAAAACAUCUUAAAAGGAUUGAAAUAAUACAAAGGUUGUUCUCUGACCACAGUGGAAAGAAAUUAGAAAUCACUAACAAAUUUGGGGAACUCACAAAUAUAUGGAAAUUAACAUGCUCCCAAAUAACCAGUAGGUCAAAGAAGAAAUGAAAAGAGAAAUCAGAAAAUAGUUUGAGAUAAAUGAAAAUGAAUUUACCACUUAAGAAAACAUGGGAUACAGCUAAAGCAGUGCUUACAGGGAAACUUUUAGUAAUAAAUGCUUAUAUAAAGAAAGAAGAAAGGUCUCAAAUUACUAACUAACCUUACACCUUAAGUCACUGGAAAAAGAAGAGCAAAGUAAACCUAAAACAAGCAGAAGGAGGAAAAUAAUAAAGCUGAGAGUAGAAAUUAAUGAACUAGAAAAUAGGAAAAAAGUAGAGAAAAUUAAGGAAACCAAAAACUGGUUCUUUGAAAAGAUAAGCAAAAUUGGCAGACUGACAUAGAAAAAAAGAGGACUUAAAUUACUUGAAUCAGAAAUAACAGAGGGACCAUUACUACUGGGAUUACAAAAAUGGAAAGGAUUAUAAAGGAAUACUAUGAACAGCUGCAUACCAAUGAAUUAACAUAGCUUAGAUAAAAUGGACAAUUUUUUUAAAGAUUUAUUCAUUUAUUUUCAAGAGCGCGAGCAUGAGGGGGAGGGAGGGACAGAGGGAGAGAAAGAGAAUCUCAAGCAGACUCCCUGCUGAGUGUGGACCCCAUCACAGGAUUUGAUCUCACAACACUGAGAUCUUGAGACCUGAACCGAAACCAAGAGUUGGACGCCCAACCGACUGAGUCACCCAGGCACCCCUAAAAUGGAAAAUUUUUUAGAAAGAUGGCUGCUGAAGCUGACUUACAUAGACAAACUGAAUAGACCUAUAGCAAGUGAAGAGAUUGGAUUAAUCAUGAAGCUACCCACAAAGAAAAGCACAGGCCCAUAUGGCUUCACUGCUAAAUUCUACCAAACACUUAAAGAAGAAUUAAUACUAACUCUUCCUAAAAAUUGAGAGGGAGAACACUUCCCAACUUAUUUUAUGAAGCUAGUAUUAGUGUUACCCUGAUACCAAAGACAUCACAAGAAAACUACAGACCACUAUCUCUUAUGAAGAUGAACACAAAAAUCCUCAAAAUACUAGCAAACCUAAUUCACCAGCAUAUAAAAAGAAUUUUACACCACGAUCAAGUGGCAUAAUAUCCCAGAAAUGCAAAGUUAGUGUGAAGUUCACUAACCAAUUAAUAUAACAUAUCAGGAAAUAAAAAACAAAAGUCACAUUGUUCUCAGAAUAGACACAAAAAAAAUUUGACAAAAUCUAACACCCUUUAACUGAUAAAAACACUCAAAAAACGAGGUCUAGAAGGGAACUUUCUCAACAUGAAUAAAGACACCUAUGAAAAACUCAAAGAUAACAUCAUACUUAAUGGGGAAAACUGAACACUUUUCCUCUACAAUCAGAAAUAAGACAAGAGUGCCUGCUUUCUCCAUUUCUAUUUGACAUUAUAUUAGAGGUUCUAGCUAUGGCAGUUUUGAAAAAAAAAAUAAGGAAAAGAAAGAAAAAUACACAAAGGCUUCAAGAUUGGAAAGAAAGAAACAAAACUGUCUCUCAUAGAGGAUAUGAUUUUGUAUGAAAUGACUUAGAAAAUCCACUAAAAAAAUAUUAGUACUAAUAACAAGUUCAGCAAAGUUGCAAAAUACAAAAUCAGUAUACAAAAAUUAAUUGUGUUUCUAUAGACUUGUCGUGAACAAUCCAAAAGUGAGAUUAAGAAAAAAAUUCCAUUUUUUAAAAAACAUAUUUUAUUUAUUUAUUCAUGAGAGUCAGAGAGAGAGAGAGAGACGCAGAGGCAGAGGGAGAAGCAGGCUCCCCACUUAGCAGGGAGCCCGAUGCGGGACUCGAUCCCAGGACCCUGGGAUCAUGACCUGAGCCGAAGGCAGACGUUUAACCAUCUGAGCCACCCAGGCGCCCGAAAAAUAUUCCAUUUAUAAUAGCAUCAAAAAAAUUAAGACAGGAAUAAAUUUAACAAAAGAAGUGUAAAACACUGGAAACUACAAAAUAUUGUUGAAAGAAACUAGAGAAGAUCUAAGAGAAAAAUAUCCUGUCUGUGGAUUGGAAGAUUGAACAUUAAGAUGGCAAUACUCCCCACAUUAACCUACAGAUUCAGUGUAGUCCAUAUCAGAAUCCCAGCUGACUUCUUUGUAGAAAUUGACAAACUAAUCCUAAAAAUCAUAUGGAAUUGCAGGGUGUCUGGAAGAGCCAAAACAAUCUUGAAAAAGAAUAAGAUAGGAGAACUUAUACUUCCUGAUUUCAAAACUUACUACAAAAAUGGUAGUCAAGAUUGUGUGGAAUCAGCACAAGGAUAUACAUACAAAUCAAUGGAAUAUAAUUGAGUUGAGAAAUAAAGCCAUAUAGAUGUGGUUAAUUUGUCUUUCAACAAGGGUGUCAGGACCAUUAGAUGGAGAAAUGGUGCCUGGAACAAAUGGGUAGCCAUAUGUGAAAUAAUGUAGUUGUACCCUUACCUCAUACCAUGAAUAAUAAUUAACUCAAAGUAGAUGACAGACCUAAAUGUAAGAGCUAAAACUUUAAAACUCUUAGAAGGAAAUUUAGGAUUAAGAAUCCCUAAGUAUGACACUAAAAGCAUGAGCAACAACAACAAAAAGAUUAAUUUGGACUUCAUCAAAAUUAAAAACUUUUGUGCUUCAAAGGACACCAUUAAGAAAGCGUAAAGAAAACCUAUAGAGUGAAAGAAAAUAUUUAAAAACUGUAUAUCUGAUAAGGGACUUUUUUUUUAAGAGGUCCAUUUUUUUUUGAGAGAGAGCAUGCUGGAGGGAAAAGGGAAGCAGACUCUGCACUGAGCAGGGAGCCUGAUGCAGGGCUUGAUUACGUGACCCUGAGGUAACGAGCUGACCUGAAACCAAGAGUUAGAUGCUCAACCAACUGAGCCUCUCAAGCACCACUCUGAUAAGGGACUUCUAUCUAGAAUAUAUGAAGAAUUCUUAUAACUUAAUGAUAAAAAAAGACAAUUUAAACAAAUAGUGUUGGGAAAAUUGGACAGCCACAUGCAGAAGAAUGAAACUGGACCAUUUCCUUACACCACACACAAAAAUAGACUCAAAAUGGAUGAAAGACCUAAAUGUGAGACAGGAAUCCAUCAAAAUCCUAGAGGAGAACACAGGCAGCAACCUCUUCGACCUCAGCCGCAGCAACUUCUUCCUAGAAACAUCGCCAAAGGCAAGGGAAGAAGCAAGGGCAAAAAUGAACUAUUGGGACUUCCUAGAGACAAUUUAAAAAUGGAAAUCAUGACUACCCCAGGAAAAGAGAACUUUCGCCUGAAAAGUUACAAAAAUAAGUCCCUGAAUCCUGAUGAAAUGCGCAGGAGGAGGGAGGAAGAGGGACUGCAGUUACGUAAGCAGAAAAGAGAAGAGCAGUUAUUCAAGCGAAGAAAUGUUGCUACAGCAGAGGAAGAAACAGAAGAAGAAGUUAUGUCGGAUGGAGGCUUCCAUGAGGCUCAGAUUAAUAACAUGGAGAUGGCACCAGGUGGUGUUAUUACUUCCGACAUGAUUGAAAUGAUAUUUUCCAAUAGCCCAGAGCAACAGCUUUCAGCAACACAGAAAUUCAGAAAAUUGCUUUCAAAAGAACCUAAUCCUCCCAUUGAUGAAGUCAUCAGCACACCAGGAGUAGUGGCCAGGUUUGUGGAGUUCCUCAAGCGAAAAGAGAACUGUACACUGCAGUUUGAAUCAGCUUGGGUAUUGACAAAUAUUGCUUCAGGAAAUUCUCUUCAGACCCGGAUUGUGAUUCAGGCAGGAGCUGUGCCUAUCUUCAUAGAGUUGCUCAGCUCAGAGUUUGAAGAUGUCCAGGAGCAGGCAGUCUGGGCUCUUGGCAACAUUGCUGGAGAUAGUACCAUGUGCAGGGACUAUGUCUUAGACUGCAACAUUCUUCCCCCUCUUUUGCAGUUAUUUUCAAAGCAAAACCGCCUGACCAUGACCCGGAAUGCAGUAUGGGCUUUGUCUAAUCUCUGUAGAGGGAAAAGUCCACCUCCAGAAUUUGCAAAGGUUUCCCCCUGUCUGAAUGUGCUUUCCUGGUUGUUAUUUGUCAGUGACACUGACGUACUGGCUGAUGCCUGCUGGGCCCUCUCAUAUCUGUCAGAUGGACCUAAUGAUAAAAUUCAAGCCGUCAUUGAUGCAGGAGUAUGUAGGAGACUUGUGGAGCUGUUGAUGCAUAAUGAUUAUAAAGUGGUUUCUCCUGCUUUGCGGGCUGUGGGAAACAUCGUCACAGGCGAUGAUAUUCAGACACAGGUAAUUUUGAAUUGCUCAGCUCUGCAGAGUUUAUUGCAUUUGCUGAGUAGCCCAAAGGAAUCUAUCAAAAAGGAAGCAUGUUGGACAAUAUCUAAUAUCACAGCUGGAAAUAGAGCACAGAUUCAGACUGUGAUAGAUGCCAACAUUUUCCCAGCCCUCAUUAGUAUAUUACAAACCGCUGAGUUUCGGACAAGGAAAGAAGCAGCUUGGGCCAUCACAAAUGCAACUUCUGGAGGAUCAGCUGAACAGAUCAAGUACCUCGUAGAACUCGGUUGUAUCAAGCCACUUUGUGAUCUCCUUACAGUCAUGGACUCUAAGAUUGUACAGGUUGCCCUAAAUGGCUUGGAAAAUAUCCUGAGGCUUGGAGAACAAGAAGCCAAAAGGAAUGGCACUGGCAUUAACCCUUACUGCGCUUUGAUUGAAGAAGCAUAUGGUCUGGAUAAAAUUGAGUUCUUACAGAGUCAUGAAAACCAGGAGAUCUACCAGAAGGCCUUUGAUCUUAUCGAGCAUUACUUCGGGACCGAGGAUGAGGACAGCAGCAUUGCGCCCCAGGUCGACCUUAGCCAGCAGCAGUACAUCUUCCAGCAGUGUGAGGCUCCUAUGGAGGGUUUCCAGCUUUGAGGCAAUACUCUGCUUUCAUGUUCCUGUGUCAGACCAGGCUGCCCAGUCAAGUCCUCUUGUGGAGCCCACAGUCCUCAUGGAGCUAACUUCUCAAAUGUUUUCCAUAAUACUGUUUGCGCUCAUUUGCUUGCCUUGCGCACCUGCUCUCUUACACACAUCUGGAAAACCUCUGGCUCUCUGUGGUGGAAGACCCUUCUAAUAAAAAGGGUAACCAGAACGGCCCACUCUUAUGGAAAAUCCCUAGGCUUUGGAGAUCCGCACUUACAUAAGAGUCAUGGGAUUAUACACAUAUUAAUGUGGCUCCCUUUCUUUGUGGGGGAAAAAGAGGACUCCUCAUUCCCUUUAAAGUGGGGGAAAACACUGAUAUUAAAAGAUGAGACUAAACCUUUAUCUUGAAUUUCACACAACUACUUGCAACAAGGGAGAUGUUUAGACCUGUUGUGUACACUUCAGAGUACUUUUCAUGAGUUCUUCCACAGUGAACCCUUGGAUUACCUGGUGGCUUUUCUAGCCAAAUCUGCAUUAAUCCUUACUGAGACUGGAUGGUUUUCUUUCCUCUAUUGGCGCCAUUCUUCACAGAUACUAAAGUUAAACCAUCCGCUCCCUCACCUUCAGCCUUCAGUGAAUGUGCUUUCUAGUUGUCAGGAAUGCUGAAGAAUUAACACUUUGACUCUUAAAUGUGAUACUGGUUUGAAGAUUCCCUUAGAGCAGCAAGGAGAGGGGCACAUUAAUUUGUAUGGCUAUUGCUUCUCUUUGGUCUUAUGUGUCUUAGGAUUUGGAAGUGGUUCGAUUCUAAUGCUGGUAUGAAGAGUUAGAAUCCUUAGUAAUCGAAACAAUAUCCUGUACUUCAAUAAAAAAGUAAAAAAAAAACAAAAAACAAAAAAUCCCUCCAAUUUUCCCAGACUCAACCAGUGUGACUAGAGGCUGUGUUUCUGCAUUAAAACAAAUGUUUCAGGCUUUGUGGUCCUGAUCAAGGUCCUCAUUAAAUUGGAGUUCACCCUAGGUGCUUUUCCCCUCUGUGACUGGCAGAUAACACAUACUUUUAAAGGUUACUUAGGGAAACUUUUUUUUUCUUAGCCCGGUGCAGCUUGAUUCUAAUGUAUUCAUGCUGCAUAUAUGAUCCUUUUAAUGUAGCAUCCUUAUCUUAAACAAAUAAUCAUCUUCUCAACAUGACCUAUUCAACCCAAAUAAGGGCAGGGAUUUUUUUUUUUUUUUAAUAUAACCUCAUUGUUCCCUAAUCAUUUCAUUUCAUCUACUAGUACUGCCCAGUCAAGUCCACCCAUAAAAUAAAAAGUUUCUAUCUUCUGGCUCAUUUAAUGAUAACCGCAAUGUACCUGCAAAUGGCGCUUCCAGUACUGUCUUCAGUGAUCCACAUUUGUGCUUGGACUGGAAUGAAAAUAUAAGCUUAAUUGCCAAGAGAACUGCAACUGAGUUCAAUAUGACUUCUUGGUGCUAGUUGGCCAUCUUGACUCAAUGUUGGGACACACUAUCAGAGAAGAUUUUUUUGUUGAUAUGCUGUUCAAAAUGAAUUCUGAAGGAAAAGUCGCUCACUUCUGUUUCAGAGAAUACCCUUUUAAACCUCUUUAAUCUUGUCCUCUUCUAGAAUUCAUUAUAACCCCAAAAUGUAACUAUAUGGAAGUCCCCUGACAGGUUAUUAUACAUCUCUGGUAAAUCCUGCUGAAUGUUAGGGAUAUUCAGAGCUUUCAUACCUCAUCAUGUUGUUAUUUAAACAGCCAACUUACGUGACCUGAUUUAAACUUAAAAAAAAUCCACUUCAUUCAAAGUAGAAAGAUACAAAGACAAAGGACAUUUAGCAGCCAAGUGUGUGACACAUUCUUCGCAUCUAGUCUGUAGUUGUGUCUGUGCUCUGGAUGGAUACCGUCUGAUGUCUGUCUGUUACUGAUGGAGCAGCCACUGCAAAACUAGUCAACUCCCAUCUAUAACUUUUUCUAGUGCUGCUUUGUGCUGAAAGGACAUUUUAGUUUACUGCACUUGACCUGUAAAAGACUUUGAUUCUUUGUAAUUUUAGGGACAAAUUAGGUGGUUAAUUUAAAGAAAAACUUUCAGUUUUGCCUUUACAUCACAUUAAAAUAUAACUUCUUUCAGAAGGGUAAUAGAAGCACUGAUUCAUAGUAAAAAUCUUGUUUUUAGCUUUGACUUUUUUUGUGGCUGGAUUUUUUUAACCUGUACAUCACUGGUAACACGUCAUUUCUCUAGGAUGUUUUAAAUUAUGUACCUUCUAUUGGAUAAUUUUAAAAAUUUCAAUUCAUUUUUGAUAAACCAAUUUGAAUGGAAAAAGGAUAAAGCACACAAAGUUGUUUCUCCAGGUUAGUAAGAAGAGCAUACACUGGGAGUUUUGCAAUUGCAGGUGUCUCAGUGAAUGAAUUAAACAAAGUCCAUUUAACUGCUAUGGUCCAUUUUCUGUUGUAAACAGGAAUUUAUCUUGCUCCUGUCUUGGAAGUUCAUGAGAGAUGAGCUAAAUUUUUUUUGCAAUAAAAUGUUCUUAAUAUAAAAAUUGGAAUUAACUAAAAGUUAAAUCCCAGCAUAACUGUUGGAACUGAAAAAGCAGCCUUUUUGGUUAUAGAAAUGAAUGAGACUUCAGGAGGUAACUAAGUCCUCAUUUUAGUUCUCUGCCUGGCAGAUUCUAUUAAUUUACAUUGAAUUUAUUGCAACCCUAUCACUAAGAUGUUACUCAUUACAAAAGCAUGUUAAUUUCAACACAGGAAAACUCUCCUGCAAUAUAUACUAACCAGUAGCUUGAUUAUCCACCCCCCCCCCCCCUUUUUCCUCCUCUGCACUUUCAAAGUAUAUUCAGUGAAAACUUAGGUGGGGAAAAAAAAGCAUUGAAAGCAUUUAGGAUAUAAAGGCACCUAUAUUUGAAGGACCAGCAGGGUAGAUAUGGUUAGAUUGAGAAAAACCAGGAAAGGAAAACAGAUUAAGGAGUUGUCUGUGGAACACUUUAAUUCAUGUUCUUGUCACUAAGUAAGGGCCCUUUUAAACCUUUGUCAGCUAUACUGUUUUUGAAAACUAUUGCCCUAGGAUUGUUUCUUCCAUCUGCCAGAUAAAGCUAAAUGGGCUCUGGGCCAUUUUUUCAUAUCGUCACAAAUAUAAGCAAUGACAAUUACCCCAUAAUAAAUUUGAAUUAUUAUUGCAGAUUGUUGCUGAUUUUGCCUGAGAAAAAAUAUGUAAUAUAUUUUAGAAACCAAACUAUUGUCAAUUAAAUCCUGUUGUACCUGGCCACUCACAGGCAACUUUGAAUUUACUUCUCUAGUGCUAAACAAACAUUUCAGUUAUUUAUAAUCUCCCAGUUUGGGGUUGCAUUAUGAAAGGGUUUUCCUCAAGUUGAAAGAUUUUUCUUUCUUGCUGAUUAGUUUUGUGAACAUUUUUUCUAUCAGUAGGCAAGUCAUUGCAUAUUGAUGUUUUAGGGCUUGGGGCUUUUCAUUAUAGGAAAUCUUAAUGUGUAAGGAUGUUUUUCAGUAAAGAAAAGGGAUCUACUUUUAGAAAGGGGCAUUGUUUGCUUUUCAUAUUUAUAUACUAUGUUCUACCUCCUACAUUCCAAAAUUAGCUCAUUUGAGAAAUAGGUAUACCUAUCUAUCUAUAUAUGAAGUCUCAAAUCUGAAUUUUUUGCCAUCUGAAAUUAACAGAGCCACUUUCAUCUGUUGUUAGUUGAGCAGAGUAAAUACGUAUCUGCCAUGCUGGGAAAUAUUUUUGGCUACCUUUCUCUAUCAAAAGUUAAAGUUACCGAGCACCUGGCUGGCUCAGUGGGUAAAGCAUGUGACUCCUGAUCCCAGGGUCGUGAGUUCAAACCCCACGCUGGGCGUGGAGCCUCCUAAAAAAAAAAAAAAUUUAAACAAAAAUUUAAAAAUUAAAAAGAAAAAAAAAUUUGCUUUCUCAUGGGGCGCCUGGCUGGCUCAGUCAGUAGAGCAUGAAACUCUUGAUCUUAGGGUCAUGAGUUCGAGCCCCAUGUUGGGAAUAGAGAUUCCUUAAAAAAAAAAAAAAAAAAAAAAAUUAUUUUUUUUAAAGUUCAAGUAAGUGAAAGCCAGAUGGGACACCAGUACAGUAAGUCUGCUCUAAUAUAGACAGUAUUCUAUAAUAUGCUUUCUUGUCAGAAAAGGAUAGGUAGUAACAGUACCAGGACAUCACAAAAAUGUUUGAUGAAGUAAAGCAAGUAUUAUAUGCUAAUUUUAAAAAUAUCAAGUUGCUACUGGGUAUAAAAUUUGGAAGUCUGGGGCAAGAAGAAAAGAUUAAGGGUAGAUGAAGUUUUGCUUUCAACUGAGAGUAGGAAAAAAGAAGUCCCAGUCUGUUUUCCCUUCAGGUCAAAAAGGCAACUAGUCUUUGAGCCUCUGUUGUGUGCCAGGUGCCUGGGGAAGGGCUUCCGUUUUUUCUCUUUUAAUCCUCCAACUGCUCUUUGAGAUAGAUAACUGACAUUAUGAUAUAGGUGACAGAAUCAAGACUUAGGAGAAUUUACUUUACCCCAAGGUCACAACCUCAUACACUGUCUAGUACGGACAGAGCUGUGCAGGUUGUGUCUGGAAGAAAGCAGAGGUCACGGUGGAGGUGGUGUUCUGGGCCAGGAACUCCCAGAACUAGACUUACACAACUGUCCCAGCUGGACCACCUUUUUGUCAGACCAGUCUUUCUGGCUCUUUCUCAUGAGCACCCUUAAAAUAACUAAGGUAUGCUUUUAGGUUACAUAUUUUGGUAAUGUAGAGCCUCUCAGCCCAAACUUCUUUUUCCCUUCUGUGGUGCUAACAUUCUGUAUAUGACCUGACAAAACAACAGAAGUCAAAAAAUAUAUAUGCAAAUGAUUGAUUUUGAGUUCAUUAGCAUAAUGGGUAAACUCAGAAACAUGUUUCCAUUCAACAAACUUAAAUGUAGAAGCUACUGACAGAGAAGGCUUUGGAAUGAAGAAUUCUGCCUUAGAAAGCAGUGCCAUCCAUGGACGUGAAUUUAACACAGCUGACUUCCUAAAGGAGUAUCGUCCCAAGGAGUAUCAAAAGUUAGAAAGAUCACCUUUUAAUGUAUGUUGUUAUGUUCUGCUUACUUCAUCAUUAUGACCACUAUAUGUUGUUUUUCAAAGUGUUCUUACGCUUUGAUUUGGAAUGGAUCUGAUGAUUCUUUGUACUUGAAUGUGGUCUGUCAGGCCAUGGGUGAGUGCCUUGCACAUAGUAGACUAUUCAAUAAAUACUAAAUGACUGAAGGAA